AUGCUGGCGCAGGACAAAGCGAGGGUGAGAGCGAUCCAGUCGAAGCUGUGGGAAGGGCAGCGUGAAGCAAGAGAAGGAGAUGGGAGGUCGGCGGCUGAGGCUCCGCUUCCGGCAAGGUCAGGGAAUAUUCUAGGGUCGGGGGACUACUUCGUGAGGUUAGGGUUGGGAACGCCGGCGAGGGAGUUGUCGCUGAUAUUUGACACCGGAAGUGACCUCACUUGGACUCAGUGUCUCCCAUGCGAUGGCUCCUGCUAUACUCAGAAUGAUACUAUCUUCGAUCCUUCGCACUCAUCUUCCUAUUCUAACAUCCCUUGCUCUUCUUCCCAAUGUUCUCAGCUUUCCUCUGCUAGAGGAAUUGAGCAGAAAUGUUCAGCAGACGGUUGCCUUUACCAUACUAAAUACGCUGACGGGUCCUCCUCCACCGGAAACUUGGCUAACGAAACACUAACAAUUACUCAGACCCACGUCGUAGACAACUUCCUCUUCGGCUGCGGCCAUGACAACGGGGGUCUCUUCAACGGCACCGCCGGCCUCCUCGGCCUCGGCCGCAACGCCAUCUCCUUUGUCCAACAAACUUCGGACAUGUUCCACAGAAUCUUCUCCUACUGCAUCCCUUCCACAGCCAGCGAAGUUGGCUACCUCACCUUCGGCGGCGUACCCGCCUCCGACGACAUCAUUUACACGCCGUUUUCUUCCAUCCCGCAGAGCUCCUCCUUCUACGCACUCGACCUCACCGGGAUCUCCCUCGCCGGCGCCAGUCUAUCGAUCCCCUCCUCCGUGUUCUCCUCUGUCCGCGUGUUAAUCGACUCCGGUACCGUCCUCACGUGGCUACCUCAGGCGGCGUACGGCCCCCUGAGAGACGCGUUCCGGAACGCGAUGUCGAAGUACCCGAUGGCAGGUUCGUUUGCAGAGUUGGACACGUGUUACGAUUUGAGCGGGUACGAAACUGUUGUCAUUCCGAAGGUGACAUUGUCGUUUGGAGGGGGAGUGAAUGUGAAUCUGGACGCCAGUGGGGUUGUGUAUGUGGUGAGUGAAACGCAGGUGUGUUUGGCGUUUGCUACGAAUAAACGCUUGGUGGAUAUUGCUAUUCUUGGAAAUGUUCAACAGAAAACAAUCGAGGUUGUGUACGAUGUUGGUGGUGGUAGGAUUGGGUUCAGAUCUGCUAGUUGCGGUGGAAAUAGCAGGUUCUCUACCGGUUCUGCAAAUCUCAACCACUCUACCGGUUCUGCAAAUCUCAACCAUCCAAAUUUAAUUUGGAUGCCGAAUCGUGUUCUUUUGGCUGUAAGAUCAGAACCCAUGUCCCGGUGUAACUAG